AUGAUUGCACUGAAAUCGCUGUCUCCCUCCACCCAUCCACCAGGGGAGCAUCUGUGGCCUCGCUCCUACGGCCUCACCCAGGGCCGCCCCGAGUUCUCCGACCUUCACAACCUGAGACCUGCUGAUGUCAAUGUGAACUCCGCCAGAGGCAACAAGUGGUUCGGAGAAUGCGCGUCCACUGAUGGUGCCUGUAUGGUGCCGGCCAACAGGGAGGCAGCAGCAGAUACCGCCACCAACAAGGACGUCUGGACUCCUCCCACUGAGGUGCGGGGAGACAUAGCACGUGCCCUGCUCUACAUGGCUGUGAGAUACGAUGGCUCCGUGCCAGGCGAGCUCGACCUCGAGCUCUCAGACAACCCCAACAUUGCCGAAGGCAAGAUGGGGCUGCUCACUCCUCUCCUCAAGUGGCACGCCAUCGACCCGCCCUCAUCUCUCGAAACCACACGCAAUGCCCGUGUGUGCUCCCUCUACCAGCACAACCGCAACCCCUUCGUCGACCACCCUGAGCUCGUCUCCCUCAUCUGGACCGCCGGGCCAGCCUCGGCACCGGCUGUAGGCUCGGGGGCAGGCUUGGGCGCAGGCUCGGGAAGCGGGUUCAGCUUGCCAGGAGCGGCGCCGCCGGUGGGGGUGCCGGUGGGGGGAGGCUUGGGAGCGGCAGCAGGCGGGGCGAGCGGGGUUGCUGCUCCCCGGGUGCCUGGUCUGCAGGCGAAAGCAUGGUUCAAUGAGAUUCACUACAGCAAUGAAGGGCCGGAUAAGAACGAGUUCAUUGAGGUGGUUGUGAGCCCAGGCGUGGACCCCUCAACCCUCGCCCUCUACCUCUACAACGGAGCCAACGGCAAGACCUACGGGAAGCUUCCUCUCUCCAAGUUCAACCUUCCUCCCACCAACGUCAACGGUUUCGUGGUGUAUGGCAACACGUACGCUCAAGGAGGCCUACAGAACGGGCCAGCAGACGGCAUGGCACUCGUUUCCCAGCCUGCAAAUGGCGCCGCCACGGUGAUUCAAUUCCUGUCGUACGAUGGCGAGCUGGUGGCUGUGGAUGGGCCGGCCAAGGGCUUUAAGUCGACGGAUAUUGGAGUGAAGGAGACGGAUAACUCGCCGGCUGAGAGCGCUCUUGGGCUGAUUGGGGUGGGGAAGAAGUACGAGGACUUCAAGUGGUCCAAGUUCAACAAGAAUGCGUCACCUGGCCGUGUCAACGUCAGCCAGACAUUGGCCAGUUAUUGA